UUCUACAUGAAAACUUCAUAGUUUUAACUUCUUAAACCUGAUUUUUAGCGUGUUUUUUUGUGUGUUAAUUUUAUUCCCCAUACGCUUUCAAAAAUGCCGCCGGCAGGUAAAAAAGGCUCUGGUAAGAAAAGUUCUCCUGUUCAACCUUUCAACAAGAACUGGGAAGCUGAUCUCAGCAAAGCGCAGUUCGAGGACACUUGGCUUGCUUGUGUGUCUCUGGUGGUUGGAGAUGGUCCAGAAGAAGAGGAAGAGCUCGUCAAGUCUCUGGUUUUGAGUUUUGAACGUCCACAGCGCAAACUUUUUUCCCUCAUAUCGUGGGACAGCACAGUGGAAAAGAUCAAUAAGCUGGGGAAUCCCAAAGCAAAAAGGCCAGAUCUUCCCUUGUUUUAUGAGUGUACUGAGCCUGCUAAGACGUUACUGGAUGCCGGAGAAGAAAUUCCCAUCGAUCUGGUGGCAAAAUUACUGAAAUUCCAGCUGCUGGAAAUUAAAGCCAGUGAUCAGAAGAGACGGGAAGUUGAGCAGCUGAAAAGUGCAGCACAAAAAGAAAAGACUCAACCUCAGUCUGAUGGCAAGGGCAAACAAAAAGACAAAAAAGAGAAAAAAGGAAAGGGUCCGACCCCAGGAAAGGGCCAGGCCGCUAGUGCAGACCCCUCCAAGGACAAGAAAACCAAGCUCAAACGCAGGGGCGAGGCUGAGACGCCCAUAUAUAUAGAUGAUGAGCCAAAGGAUGGCCCCCAACACUAUAUUCUGAUAGUCGGCUUCUACCACCCAAACCUGAUAGCACUGCUUAAUACCAUCGGUGUUCAUGUUGCGAAUGUCAUCAAGUUAUGCUCCAAGCACAAAGAACUCUCUCCAGAACCAGUAGAGCUGAACGAUCAGGAGGAAGAGGAGCAGAGUUCUCCAGCUGUGCCUGCAGAGGUUCCAGAAAGUACCAGAAAGCUCAACCUGUUCUGGACUCACCUGAGGUCGGUCUUAGACAGCGGCCCACCAGACUCUAAGCUCCAUGACGUGAUUCAGCUGAACUACGUCGUUCCAGAUCUCACACUCCCGUUUGAAAUACCGGACCCUCAGUCUCUGGUGGAGCUGGGAAACCGGAUGUUUGACGACGUUGCCAGGCUCAUCUAUGACUGUCUGCAGUGGCGCCGGCAGCAUCAGCACUACAGAGACAAUGUCCGGCUCCUCUCUAUACCCACAGCUGUAACAGAGGACGCACAGUCUGUAGAGGCACAUCCUGAGCCUACUCAACAGAUCCCUCGCUCUAAAAGGAAAACCAAAGCAUCUAGCUUACUACCUAUAGAAAUCAAGUUGCCUCCAACUGUAUCUCUGAACGUGGACAUGUGUUACUAUCACAAGCUGUUGGACAUGGUUCCCCCGGAAGCCUGUUCUGUACCGCUGAUAUUGCACUGUAUGCUGGAGCAGGUGGUGGUUUCCUCAGAGGUGCCUGUGCUUCCUCUGUUUCCCUCUGAGGAAGAGGAGAAAACUGCCAAGGGUCCCUGGUUAAAUUGUGAUCUGGUUAGUUAUAUGCUCCAAAGCUUCCUGCCUCUGCUGAACACAGAAGAAGAGAAACGUCAUCUGUUAGAUGAGGUCCUCACUACUGUGGAAAAGGAAGAAGACAAGGAGAGACUGAAGGGGAAUUAUGGGACAGCGCAUGCUCAGAGGCCUGGCGACCCUGUGCUUUUCAGAUACCACGACGAGAGGGGAAUACGAUUACAGAACAUCACUGUGACUAAGGGAUGUAAUCCAGCUGAGACAGAGACAACCCUUUUGAAGACGAGUCCAGUCUCAAAGCUCAUUCAGUCCGUCGCUGAAAAGAGAAAUGGUGACACCCGCUGGAGGGGAAUGAAACAACAGCUGCAGCACUAUUGCACAGAUGAGGGCAUGCCCUGGUCCGAGGUGGAGCGGCUGUUUGAUCAGAGCGUGUUUGAGGCUAUGCCACUGACCACGGUGGAUCAGCUGGGUGUUUUACUGAACCAUAAUGAACCACAGCAGACACAAAAAAUUAUCCCCUGGGGAAAUCCUUUGUUAUAUGCUAAACAGAGGCUUCAAACCUCGCAGACUGGCGAGUCAACAUUUCUCACUGAAGACCCUGGAAACUCAGAGCACCUGAAUAGGGAAAUCUGCAGCCGACUGGAUUUAUGUGAAAUCCAGAAUUGGAGACAAAGAUGUCUGUUUGACUGGUACUAUACAGAACAUCACAGUGCCACUGUUUUUCCACAGGUUCUGCAAAAGGCCUCAGAGGAAUAUUGUUGCAUGGAUAUCUUCAGAGAAAGCUAUGCAAACAUCUUAUAUGUUUUUUGCCACAAUCCUAUGAAUUCUCACGGCCUGUCCAAACAUUUCUGGGAUGAGGCCCUCCACACUGAUGUCAAGUUCAGAAAAUAUCUGGAGCAUGUUGCUGAAAAAAUCUACAACUGGACAAUGGAGGAGGAGGUAAAGAGGGAGGAAAUGCUGAAGAAAAGCCAGAUGCCUCCUGAGACUCCAAAAGACCUUGAAUGCCCCCCGGCGGCGGAAGAAUCUCAGGAACCAGUCAUCACAAAGGACUCCCUCAAAGCCUGGAAACUGGAGCAGGAGCGACUGAAGAAAGAGGAGUUGGACAAAAAAUCAAAGAAGGAUGCUAAGGGGAAAGGCGGUGACAAAUCUGACAAGAAAGGCAAAGCUUCGGCUGACAAGAAAGGCAAAACUCCAGCUGACAAGAAAGGCAAAACUCCGGCUGGUGACAAGAAGGAGAAAGCAGAUAAAAGAGGCAGCUCAGCCAAGUCCCACAUCGAUUCUGCCAUUUCCUUGGCAUCUUCUGAUGGCGAAAAGGGAGACCUUCAGACACGGGAACCGGACAAUAGAUUCAUCGGCUACAGCAUGGACGGACAGCUGAUCCACGUGUCGGGAUGUGUCCAGCAAAUGUACACCUCAGAUGGAGGACGCGUCACUGUGGAGAACGUGAGCUUUGUCGAAGGUUCUACCCUAAUGAAAGUAGCGUUGAGGAAGGACGGGCACCAUUUCUACACACACGUCAACCAUGUUGUCAACAAACGCCCAAAACCUCCCAGCGAGCCGCAGGACAAAAAGAACAUGGAGCUAAAGGAUGGAGUAAAAGUUUUAGAGCCAGAAACAGUGAAGCUGUGCUCCUUCUCAGCAGUCCUUCGCAGUCAAAUCCACCUGUCAUACAGUUUCUAUGGCGCAACAGGACAAUACAAAGUUUUAGAGAUUCUUGAGGAGGAGCCAGCUAAGGAGGAAAUCCCAAAAGCCUCCCCAGAAGAACCCGUUGCUUUUCCUUCUCCCAGGUCUGGCUCCAGGACAUCGAGGCAGUCCUUUCAGAAGUCUGCAGAGCCGCCAGCUGAGCCGCCAGCUGAGCCGUCGCCUCCGCUGCCUCAGCCGCCUCAGCCCCCGCCUCCGUUCAACAGCCUCAGCCUUUCCGUUCCCAACGGCCUGCUGGUGCAGUUUCAGCUUGACUACACACAAGGAGAGUCGUCUGAAUAUGGCGUGUUGAUCAGGCAGAGCUUUCCCUUCCACUGUAAGCCUGGGCAGAGUCUGCCGGACAAAUCCCUGUCUCAGGAGCUGUAUCGCAUCAUUACCAACCAGGGAGUCGUGAUUCGUUACCUGAGAGACGGCGCCGCAGAGGUGCUGUUUGCAGAUGGAUCGGUCAGUUUCAGCCCAGCUCCAGUGUUGGUGCCUGAUCAAGAGAAGACAGAGACCUCAGAGAAGAAGGAUGAGCCUCAGAAACGAUCGUGGCAGACGACCACUUCAACUGGAGAUCGGAUUUGGACCACUGGACCAACAAACAGCGUCGUACCCACAACCUCUCUGUGCACCUUCCUGGCCACAGACCCCGUCACCCAGGAGGUGAUGCUGACCCGGGAAGAUCUGGUGGUUACGGUCAAGAGCCCAGAUGGAUCUAUGAUCGCUGAUCAUGCAGAUGGAACAAGGAUCACCACCCUCUUUCUAGUCACACCACCUCACGAGGAGGUGCCUGACUGUGUGACCAAUCCAGAGGAGCAUGAAGAUGUUUGUUACCAAGAAGAAGGGAUGAGCGAAACCUCAGAAACCCACAAAUUACACCAAACGGUUUCAAAUGAUAAGAGUGAAGAGGAAGAAGAAGAAGAAGGAAAAGAAGAAGAAGAAGAGAACGACUCGACCAGAGAGCGGGUGGUGAUUGUGGAGAAGGAGGGCAACGCAUCAGUAGUGAUGUACCCGAAACGCCGCGCAGCUCACCUGUUUUUAGCCGAUGGAACCAUCAUCACUGGGAACAACCAAGCGGAGUACGAGGUGUUCCCGUCUAGAGGCGGGUUUCUGCACAUCCAAACUGAUGGGAAAUGUGUUUAUACCUCUGACCUCGAGCCAAAUGCUUGCUCCCCCUCCAACCGACUAGGAGUUUACACCAUGAGUCACACAGACGAAGUGGUGUGUGACAUUUCAGACAAGAACGGAAACCACUUCCAGGUUUCAGAAUAUGGACAGACUUUGCUGCUAAGCACAAGUCCCGUAACUCCUACACAAGAGGAAGAAGAGAAGAUCGACAACUCAAGUACCACGCUUGAUGUAAAACACAAAGAUUAUUGUCCCAGAAUUUUUCUGCUGUAUGAAGACGGUUCUGGCACUGAACUGCUGAACUCUCAUAUUGUAGAGGAGGAGCUCCAAGAGGCGUACUCUGACCCCACCAUCGCACUGCUCAAGGAGCCUCUAUCAGACAGACAAGAUGAGUUUGGCAUCACUAUCCUGAAGCCGGGCCACCAGAGCGUCUGGUCCAAAUGGGUGCUAAGGAAACAAAACUAUGACAUCACCCCUCCAAACCUCAGGAAUCGCUCUGAUGAGUUCCAUACUUCAGAGAUCAGCCCUCCGCUUGGUUCUGGCACCAGCGUUGCUCUGACUCACAGGGAGAGAUGCGCCAGUUCUUUAGCACAACAGCGUGUCUGGAGCUGCCCGAGAGUCCUGGAGAUCAGGGAACUCUCCCAGCACCGACCCUUCACCACGGCGUUCAGAGACGCUCUCGAUUCACGGCUGAAGGACUACAUCGAGAGGCUGAUAAAGAGAGAGGUGCUGGCAGAGCAGAUGAAACUGAAAGAGCUUCGCAGUGAUGAGGAGACUGCUCAAGCCACAGAUCUCCUCAGCCUCAUUCUGUCUUUUGCAGAGUUGGACGAUGAGAGUCACGAUUCUGAUUCCAGGAGCUCAGUCAUGAAAACUAAAUCAGCUUCAGUGGACUAUGCCAGUCUGUACAUUCAGGGAAUCAAAGCAUCAGUUGAGCAGUCAAUUGCUUCAGAAGACACUGACAACUUGGGUGCUGAUGACGCCUUGGAUAAAUCACAGCUUUCUACUGCUAGAAAAGAGUCAAGAUGGACUGAAAGACUUGAGCUGCACAGACAGGAGAUGAGUGAAGAGAGGUCCUGCAAAGAGGCUCUGAGGAGGCAGAGUUCUGUUCCUUAUUUCCAUCCAGAAAACUUUCAAAUUUACCAAAAUCUGCUACAGUGCCAUAGACCCCACAUAAAGAGUACAUCACAGGACCUUCCACUGCCUACCAAGGUGGACAGUGCUGAGAAAAGUACCAGUGUGGACGGAAUGGAGCCUGAUAUGAAAGAUGCAUCAACUCAGAGCACUCCACAACCUUAUAACACACAAGUUCCUCCAUCAGAAAGUCGAGCUGAAGAAAGUGAGAGGACUUCUGAAAGGAGGCACUCAGACCUCCCCAAACAUUCUCCUGUAACAGGUGAAAGCAGUCUGAAGAGCCCAUCCAGGCACUUUAAGUCAGUUCAGGUGGAUGUGACGGGGCAACCCAGGAGUUCGAAGGUCAGACUACCUGGCUACCUCCGUGUCUCCAAACCCCGCAGCGUGCCAAACCAACGUUUCCUGACGGUGGAAGAACCUGUGAAGAGGUAUUGUCGGAUAUCUACCCUGACUGAUCCCGGUGCUCAGAUGAAGGGCUUCCUGCUCGACCCAUCGCGCGUUGACUUUGGUACACAGCAAGAGGGGACCUACGCCACCAUUACCGUGGCAAUGAAGAAUUUGGGAAUCGAUCCAUCCAGGUUCAUUGUGAAGCAGCCUUCUCCAUCCACAGGCCUCAGAGUCAUCUACAGCCCUGGACCUGUGCCCUCAGGUCUGCAGGCAGAACUGCAGGUCCAGCUGUUUUCCACAUGUGACACAACCGAGCCAAAGAAGUACAUCUCCGUAGACAUAGCCAUCUUCACAGAAACUGACAUUCUCUACCUUCCUGUCACUGCUGUCAUCCUUACUGAGAAAUGUUUUGUGGAGAAGUCCAUGUGUGCGUGCAGACAGGUGGGGGCCGAGUCCAUCUGCUCUCACAGCUGGCCAGGAAGUCACAUGGAGGAGCCUUCAGCCCCCUGAUGUAUUCUCAGGCCACACUUGCAGCACAUGGACCUCAGUAUGAUUUGCGGCUAAUUCCAGAUUCCAGUCUGGAUUGAACUUUGAAAAUAUAGACCUCAACAAAUAAUAGUGGUGACUCUGCAGCUUUUUCUCAUUGCUGGCAGCUUCUUAUUCAGUUUCAUUUGAUCCCAGGUAGGCUGGGAAGAAACUGGAGUACCUGGAGAGAGACCAUGCAGGCACAGGGAGAUCAUGCGAACUAUGAGCAGGAUUCUUGCUGCCAGUCAACAGUGCCUCCAUGCGUCCGUCAAACAGACAUAUAAUCCAGUUCAAGGGGAAAACCAAACUGCAAUUUUGGGGGAUAUUAUUCUGGCAUAAUUCAAGUGCACACAUUUUCAGUCUGAAAGUAGGACUUUAGUCUUUCUUCUCAAAUUUUGUAGUGCUUGUACUCAAAACUUUUGCUCUCUUUAAAAUAUUCUGUGCUCUCUCAAACCUUUCUCCUCAAACUUGUCUGUUCGGAUCAAAUCUCCACUUGCAAACCUCUCUGCUUGCUUGCAAAUCAUUUUCUGCUCUCUCUCAAAACAAAAAGUACUGUUGCCUGGCAACGUUCCGACCAAUAGAAUGAGAGUGUUUAUACUGAGCUGUCCUCGAGGGUGCUUUGGUUUCCUUUUAGAGGGUGUCCCUGUGUGACCAUGUAUCUACAUAUCUAUCUGUACAGAUAGAUAGGAACAGUCUAUCUAGAUAGAUAUUAACCAUCAAACUGAUACAAAUCAACAGCCGUUCUUUUGAAAGCGUGCAGUGACUCUUAUGUAACUCACCUUUCUAGACUCGGUUUGGCCAGGAAACUCCCCACAGAAGCCAACAGCAUUCAAGACUCACUCCUGAAGUGGCUUCAGAAAUGAACUCACUCUUGCUUUUGAACUGGAGGAUGUAGACACACACACAUAGCCUGGUUAUGAAGCCAUUUUCACAUUAUGUUGUCAGGUAUUAUGCUGUGAAAAAGACUCUUUGCUGGAGUAAAACUUUAAAAGUAAAUGGUUUUCUUCCCACAAUAGGAGAAUCAAAUAAGUUCACUAUUCAAGUUCGUCAAUUAUAUGUAUGUAUAAGAGCUGGGCAAUAUCAGGAAAGUAUCUCAUUGCAAUACUGUUGCUGAAAAUUGUGAUACUGAUUUAUGAUUACCCCCAUUUUUCUGAUCCUUUUUAUUUUUUUUACAAUGUCUCCAUAACUUUCUGUAUGUCUUUACACACCAGCCACUAAAUAUAGACAUUCAGUGCAUCAUUAAGGACACAUGUAGAUCUUCCAACAGACAAAAGAUGGUACCCUAUACAUCUGAAUCCAAUGAUGGAGACAAGCUGUCAUUUGCUAUUGCAUUAUUACACACUGAUAUUGCCAUGUGUAAUAAUUGCAUUGUCACUGAAAAUGUGCUACACAAAUUGCCUUGCUUCUUGGAUGAGGGACAAAAAGUCAUCAAGAUAUGGAGAGUCAAGAUGUCAGUAUGAACCAUGAGGAUUUAGAUUGUGUAUUUUGUUCUUCAUUUGUGCCUUUAUCCCAUUUUAUUUGUAUUCCUUUUGAUUAUACUGUAUUAAAUCUGCUUUACAAAUUG